AAGUGUGAAAUGUCUGUCCAAGAAUAUACAGAGUGGCGGAGUUAUAUUUGGCCACCGUAGAAAUGUUAGCACCCGACCAGGGAACCGGGGUAUUCUGGUUUCGUUGUGUCAGCGAAGGAAUCCAUGCCCUGACAUGGCUGACGACUAAGUAAGCUGCGCUUUCUCCAGCGGUCUGGCCUCUAGGUUUGCCGAUACCUAGUCAUUGUACAAGCUUGGUCUUACACGUCUUCUAACCUUUGCACAACCUUGGUGUUAUACCGAUUAUUGAUAUAGAAGAAUUGGCAAGUAUGUGGCCUUCACCCGCUGUGGCCCUGGCAACAGCAUAUCAUCUCCUCCUGAUCGCAAGGCAAAAUGUAGCGCAAGAGGAUCUACCCACGGUGUCCUCCCUGUCACAGACCACAUCACAACCGCCAUUGGCCAAACCUACAGCAAUGGUCAUGCCGACCGCCGACCAACCAGUGGUUGUCAACCCGGUGGCACCUGCCCCUACACAACCAGCGGUCAGACGUCUCCUACCGACCAAGCCGCAUCCUACUAGACCCGACGAUGCCGAGCCGUGGGAGAUCACAUGCCCGAGCUACUGCGUCUGUCUCAAACGUUGGCACUAUUACUUAGAAACGAAGGUCAGGCACCUUCGAUGCGAGUUCUGGAGCACCGGCUCGACAUAUCCGGAGGAGUAUCCUGGCACCACGGAGUCCGCUCGUAUUAAGGUGCAUGGAAUGGACACUCUACCAUCAAGUGUUUUUCAUGGAAUCUCAACAGCAGAAGUUAUCAUUCUAGAGAUCGUUCAAAACCCCGACAUAACACAUAUUCCGAAAGACGCUUUUAAGACUUUCAGGGCACUGGGAUACUUGGAUCUCAGUGAGAACAACUUGAAAGAGAUCCAGCCGUCUCUAUUCGUCGGUGUCAAAUUUCUGGACAAACUGUACUUGCAAGGUAACAGCAUCAACAAGUUGUAUCCCAAUUCCUUUCGUGGCCUAGGUCGACUAGACACUCUGAACCUUGAAGGGGCUUUGGACAUGAACUUGCCGGAUCGUCUGUUUGAGCCUCUUGAGUGGCUUGAGUAUUUGAAUCUGGCAAACAACCCAAAGAUGACGAGUCUCCCUAGUGACACGUUUAGUCAUCAGUGGAACCUGCAAAGUCUCCUGCUACAAUUUAGUGGCGUAACAAAUCCAGAGGAGGAGCUCUUUAAGCCACUUAACAACCUACGCCAUCUAGAAAUAGAUGAAGGCCAGCUCAACAGCUGGGAUCCAGACGUGCUGCUGAGUAUCGAGUCACUGAAGACAUUGGAGGUCCACUGGACGCCCGGAAACAGCACGCUGCAUGUGUGGGAUGCGGCCGUGCACUACAAGGGCAAGUGGCACUUCGACGUCUGCCCUGAGGACCCGUGUAUCAACGACGGCAUCUGUUUUGUCGGUGAGCACCGACAACAGUGUGAGUGUCCCACACCACGUGCGGGAUCGACGUGCCAGAGCCUCCACCCCGGCCUACUGUUCCUGAUUGUGGUGGUAAUCCUAGCUAUCCUGGUGGGGGUGGCUAUACCGAUCUACCGUGUGGCCACCAGGAAGAAGCCGGAGCCCCCUCCACCCAAGCCCAAACCAAUCAUCCUGGAGCCGGAGUCCGAAGAAGAAGACGAUUUCAUGCAGUCGAAACCAGAUGAGGAUCCAGAGAUGUAAUGAUUACCAGUCGCGCAUUCAAAGUCCGUAAACAUAUAACUUGUGUUACAAGUACAAAUGAGUGCAAAAGUACGUGAACUAAAUACAUCUGCUGCAAUAUACGCUACUUUUUAAUGUAGUGGUGCAUUGGUCAAACUUGUGCAAAGUCACUAGUAAACUGAUACUAGUAGUCCUCUCCUCAACACCAGUUAUAUGCUUUGGAUUUACGUAUACAUACCUACUAAUUCCUCGCUCGGUGUAUAUCAUGUCCGUUUAGAAUAGUUUAGAAGAGUUUGAUGAUUUAAGAUAUUAAAGCUGUACUUGCUAGUACUAGUGAUGUUUAAAAUGGAAAAAAAGAUAAGUGAAAGCUUUGUAAAUAAUAAGAUUUAAACAAUGUUAGACGUAGCAACGCUUAACUGAAAUGACAAAUUUAUAUGCAAAAAGGUGAGAGCCUAAACAGCUUAUGAGUUUAUGAAAUUUACUUCUGCAAAAUGUUGAACAGAUACGGCGAUUGAGCAAAGGUCAGACGUUGUUCUGUUACGUAAUACCAAUAAAAAGUGUCAUGUA